AUGAAGUUGACUGAAGCCUUGUUAAGUGUUGAUUUUCAACAUAGCAAGUUUGAUUAUUCAAUUUUCACUAAAAGAAAAUGUGAAAUCAUUGUUAUGCUAUUGAUUUAUGAGGAUGAUUUAUUGAUCAUUGGGAAUAGUGAGGAGUUAAUUGUAGAGUUGAAGGAAAUUUUGAAAAAGAGUUUUAAGAUGAAGGAUUUGGGAAAUUUGAAAUAUUUUCUUGGUUUUGAAAUUUUAAGGUCUAAGGAGGGGAUCUUGAUAAAUCAGAGGAAAUAUACUAUAGAACUCAUUGAGGAUGCUAGAUUAGGAGGUGCUAAGCUUACUUUAACACCUUUAGAGCAGAACUUGAAGCUUAUUUCAACUAUGGAGCAUGAUGAAGAGGAACAACAAGAUUCAAGUGAUCUAGUUUUGAAAGACAUAUCAGUUUAUCAAAGGUUAAUAGGCAGGUUAUUGUAUCAGACUCACACUCGAUCAGAUAUUACCUUUGUUGUUAAACAUCUAAGUCAAUUCAUGCAGCAACCAAAGACAAUAGCAUUUUGUGAUUCUGAUACAACAAAAUCUAAGAGUGCUAAUUUAUCUGGACAAGGUUUAAUGUUUGAAGCAGUACAAGAAACAAACUUAGUAGCAUUUUGUGAUUCUGAUUGGGCUUCUUUGUAA